GAUCGGAACUGUACUGUGUUCAGUCAGCUUUCUCUGGAGACUCUGCUUCGUUUGACAUAUCACGUUUUGAAAACAUGAGUCUGUCUCCGUCCCAGGAAGAAGCUGCCUCUUCCUCUCCAGAGAGUCCCAGAGAAGGUGACUUCUCCUCUCGACAGCUUUAUGACAACUUGGAGAGCCUGGAGGAGCAUGAGACAUGUGACGACAAGAGAGGCCCCAUUGUUAAUAACGUACCCGACAACUACUCCAGCUCCCUUUCAGAAGCUCAGAUCUGUGCUUCGCCGCUGACAAAUGACCUUGAGAAUGUACGUGCUGGCAUUUCUUCCGAGGAGCAGAUUGAAGAAAGUCACUCGAGAGAACCAGAAGAUUCGAGUACAUUGUUGUUAGAAGAGAAACUCAGCCCAGACUCACCACAUUUCAUGGAGGUCUGCUCACUGGAUGGAAGAUUUAUUACUCUGGUGAGCACUGAAACGCAGACAGAUUGGGAGAAGGUGGAGCAGUCCCUCUCUUGCAGCUGUCGAGUUCGAAGGAAAACAGGGAGUAUCCAGAUGUGGCAAGAAGAAGUGUUAAAGGACGCUGUCGUGGUGUAUUUGGAGGAUGCAGGAGAGAAGGAGUUUGAUAGAAUUCAUCUGGGACUCCCUCGUGUCAUAACAUGCAGACGAGAGCCAAAAUUCCCUCCUCGUGUUUUGCAGCUGGAGAUUCCGGGCAUUAAGUAUAGGAAGAAGAAAGUUCUCCCUAAAAAACCUCCUAGCAAAACUCUUUGUCAGUACUGCCAGCAGCGUAAUCAGCUUUAUCAACGUUAUCAGCGCCUGUCAUUCAUCAGAGCACUGAAACAGGAAGUCCUCUCAGACAGAGACGUCUAUCAUGAGGCAGCUAAAGAAUUUGAAGAAGUCUUGAAAAAGGAAAAGGAGAGACUGGAACGGAAAUACACUGGUACAGCGGAUGAGCUGGACACUUCUAUGUCUAUUAACAGACAAGAGUGGGAGACUGAAGAAGAAGGAUGGAUGAAAUAUGUGCGGCGCGAGAAAAAAAGACGAUAUGAGACUCCAGGCUAUUCAGCAUUACCAAAGGAAGUAAGAUCUGACAUUCCUGGUUCUCCAGAGAAAACUCCAUCGGCUUUUGAAGUAUCAAGGUCGCCAGAAGAGCCAGGUGAUGAACCAAGGACAACCGGUGUAUUACAGAAAUUCUACAAAGAUGGGAAUAUUUUUCUGAUCAAGUAUCUUGAUGGAUCAGGUACUGUUUUUUAUCCUUCUGGGAAUCCAGCCAUCGUCAUAAUCCCAGCAGAAGAUUCUCACUUCAUUUACAUAAUCCUAGAGGACAAGGUCAAGAACCGGCACUUGCUAGGCAUUUUCACACCUAAAGGCUGCGCUACGUGCUACCGUCCCGAUGGAUUGUUGUGGCUGAACAUAACUUCUUAUGGAGGUUUCUGCUUCGAUGAGACGGGCAAUUUGAGGAGGCGCUGGAAUUGGUUGUAUUUUGACCCACAUGUGCACGACCUUCCAUUCAAGCCCCUCAUCUUCGGCAUGGGGCCAUGCAUCUGUAUCCACAUACAUUCGCAAAAGCAUGUGUAUGUUAGCUUCUUCCACAAGGACAACCAUGUGCGUUUCAGCGUUGGCUCAGAGCUUAAGUUCAUUUGCCCAGAAAGCCAUGGUGAGCCAGGCCUAAGCAUUUUGGAGAGAGACAUCCAAUUACAGAAGACAAAGAUUUAUUGUCUGCUUGACCAGAUGCAAAUCUGCAUGUCCCACCCGUUGGCAAACAUGCAGAACAUAAAGCCACAUUUCCGUUUCAUCACCCGGCUGGAACAGCUUACCAAGCAAGUGGAACAAAGGAAGACACUCGAAAACACACAGCCCAAUGAAAAUUAAAAGAGCAAUACUAAACCCGG